UCUGCACUGGUAGCCUGAGCCAUGUGCAGAUGCAGAAUGGAGCAGCCACAUCUCUCCUUCCCGCUGUCCGCCAGCGACUGAACGAGCCUCUUUCUCUCCGCCACAUCGCCUCUGUCCAUCCCCCCCUUCUCCUCCUCGUUUUUUUUCUACCCCUUCACUAAACCAUUCUUUUCCCCCCGCUUCUCUCUGUGACAUCACGUUUGUUUGUUUGUUUGUUUGUUUGUUUGUUUGUUUUUUUUCUUCUGUCAUCCGCCGUUGGAGACGCUUUCUGCUUUUGGACUAAGAGGAAAACGCAGACGCAACACCACAGGGAGAAACUCUCCUUUCGCCUGCGCAAACUUGACUCACUGAGAGAAGACGAGAGAGAGAGAGAGAGAGAGAGAGAGAGAAAGGGGGAAAGGAGUAAAGGGGAGAACGACAGAAAAAAAGAGAGGGAAGCAGAAGAGGACAGAGUGGAAGAGUGCGCGGAGCAUACGAGGAGAGAGAGAGAGAGAGAGGCGCGGUGAUCCUCCUCUAGUCCAGGAGACCGCCUGUCCUUCCCGCCUCUGCCUCGCUGUGCUUUGCUUGUCGCUGUAGCGGAGGAUUGCGCACCUUGCCUGCCGAGAGAAGGUGCGAAGAGAAGGAGACAGUGAAGGAACAGAGGAAGAGGAGAGGAGCAUACGCGCACGCACGCACACACACACACACUCACUUAGACACGCGCGGGUGCGGAGCGAUGCUUCACUCAGGCGGUACCAGCGGCAGAGCCAAAACGCUCUCUCAUGAGACCGGAGCCCCUAACCAGCAGGGUCAGAGCACGCUGCGGCCGCCACUCCCGCCGCCCCACAACCACCACACGCUGUCGCAUCACCAGUCGUCGGCCAACUCGCUGAACCGCAACACGCUGGCGGGGGGUCGCCGGAACCCAGUGCACGCGCCCCCCACUGCCCCCGGGGACGGCCCCACCACGCCCGAGUCCGUCCAGCUACAGGACAGCUGGGUGCUCAACAGCAACGUGCCGCUGGAGACACGACACUUCCUGUUUAAGACGUCGUCGGGGACGACGCCCCUGUUCAGCAGCUCGUCGCCCGGUUACCCGCUGACCUCCGCAUCGGUAAUUACCGGCGCGUGCUGCCCCAAGAACACCUUCUCCGCCGCCUUCAAGCUCAAGAAGCCGUCCAAGUACUGCAGCUGGAAGUGCGCCGCCGUCUCGGCCAUCGCCGCGGCAACGCUCCUCGCCAUCCUGCUCUCCUACUUCAUCGCGAUGAACCUGCUGGGGCUGAAUUGGCAGCUGCAGCCCGUGUACGGACCCCUGCUGAACAAUGGCCUCGGAGCAGCGCUGCCCGGCAACAGCGAUGUAGCAACAGUGCCCUCUGGUGGCAGAGGAGUGUGGGCAUUGCGGAACAGCAGCAUCGACACAGGCGACCUGGAGAUCGGCCGGCGGGUGACCCAGGAGAUCCCCCCUGGCGUGUUCUGGAGGUCCCUGCUCCACCUCAGCCAGCCCCAGUUCCUCAAGUUUAACAUCUCCCUGGGCAAGGACGCCCUGUUCGGGGUCUACAUCCGCAAAGGCCUGCCCCCCUCCCAUGCCCAGUAUGACUACAUGGAGCGUCUGGACGGUAAGGAGAAGUGGAGCGUGGUUGAGUCGCCACGGGAACGGCGCAGCAUCCAGACGGUGGUCCAGAACGAGGCGGUGUUCGUGCAGUACCUGGACGCGGGCAUCUGGCACCUGGCCUUCUAUAACGACGGCAAGGAGAAGGAGUCCGUCUCCUUCAGCACGGCCAUACUGGACUCCAUCCAAGAGUGCCCAAGGAACUGCCAUGGCAACGGAGAGUGUUUGUCCGGAGUGUGUCAUUGCUUCCCUGGGUUCCAUGGCAUGGACUGCUCCAAAGCGGCGUGUCCAGUGCUGUGCAGUGGGAACGGUCAGUACGAUAAGGGCUCGUGCAUCUGCUACAGCGGCUGGAAGGGCCCCGAGUGUGACGUGCCGGUCACCCAGUGCAUCGACCCUGUUUGCAGUGGACAUGGCUCCUGCACCCAGGGCACCUGCGUCUGCUCGCUGGGCUACAAGGGAGACAGCUGUGCUGAGGUGGACUGCCUGGACCCUACGUGCUCCAACAACGGUAUCUGCGUGAAUGGGGAGUGCCACUGUAAGCCGGGCUGGGGCGGCCCCCACUGCGAGCUGCCGCGGGCCCAGUGCCCUGACCAGUGCCACGGCCACGGGGCCUUCAUCCCAGACACCGGCCUUUGCAGCUGCGACCCCAACUGGAUGGGCCCCGACUGCUCUGUUGAGGUGUGCUCGGUGGACUGCGGCACUCACGGCGUGUGCAUGGGCGGCACCUGCCGCUGCGAGGAGGGCUGGACGGGCGCCGCGUGUGACCAGCGCAUGUGCAACCCGCUGUGCGUCAAGCACGGCACCUGCAAGGACGGCAAGUGCGAGUGCCAGGCGGGCUGGAACGGGGAACACUGCACCAUCGACUAUUGGGAUGUGAUUGACGCAGAUGGUUGUCCGGGCCUGUGCAAUGGGAACGGUCAGUGUACCAUGGGACAGAACAGCUGGCACUGCGAGUGCAAGACCGGCUGGAGGGGCACCGGAUGCAGCGUUGCCAUGGAGACAUCCUGCGCAGACAACAAGGACAAUGAAGGAGAUGGCCUGACGGACUGCAUGGACCCCGACUGCUGCAUCCAGAGCCCGUGUCAGAACAGCCCGCUGUGCCGCGGCUCCAAGGACCCGCUGCAGGUCAUCCAGCAGAGCCUGGUGCCUACCCUGAAGUCCCGCUCCUUCUACGAGCGCGUCCGUAUGCUCGUGGGCCGCGACAGCACGCACGUCAUCCCCGGCGACAACCCUUUCAACGCCAGUCUGGCCUCGCUGAUCCGGGGUCAAGUGCUGACCACCGACGGAACCCCGCUGGUGGGGGUGAACGUGUCCUUCGUCAAGUACCCCCACUACGGCUACACCCUCACCCGGCAGGACGGCACGUUUGACCUGGUGGCUAACGGCGGUGCCUCCCUGACGCUCCUCUUUGAGCGCGCUCCCUUCCUGAGUCAGGAGCGCACGGUGUGGCUGCCCUGGAACAGCUUCUACGCCAUGGACACGCUGGUGCUGAAGACCGAGGAGAACACCAUCCCCAGCUGUGACCUCAGUGGCUUCGUGCGGCCCGACCCCGUGGUGGUGCCAUCGCCGCUCUCGUCCUUCUUCAGCUCCCGGCCCGGCGAACGCUCCAUCAUCCCCGAGACUCAGGUUCUCCAUGAGCAGAUUGAGAUCCCAGGUACGGACCUGAAGCUGUGCCACCUGAGCUCGCGCGCGGCCGGCUACCGCUCGCUGCUGAAGAUCACCAUGAGCCAGGCGGUGGUGCCUCUCAGCCUGAUCAAGGUGCACCUGAUGGUGGCCGUGGAGGGCCACCUGUUCCAGAAGUGGUUCCAUGCCUCGCCCAACCUGGCCUACACCUUCAUCUGGGACAAGACCGACGCGUAUGGCCAGAGAGUGUACGGCCUGUCCGAGGCUGUCGUGUCAGUGGGGUAUGAGUACGAGACGUGCCCCAGCCUGAUUCUGUGGGAGAAGAGGACCGCUGUGCUGCAGGGCUACGAGCUGGAGCCAUCCGGACUGGGCGGCUGGUCCCUGGACAAACACCACACACUCAAUCUGCGCAGUGGCAUCCUGCACAAGGGCAGCGGUGAGAACGUCUUCAUCUCCCAGCAGCCCCCUGUCAUCACGAGCAUCAUGGGUAAUGGCCGGCGCCGCAGCAUCUCCUGCCCCAGCUGCAACGGCCUGGCCGACGGCAACAAGCUCCUGGCGCCGGUGGCGCUGGCGGCAGGCAUCGACGGCAGCCUCUACGUGGGCGACCUCAACUUCGUACGCCGUGUCUACCCCUCCAUGAACACCACCCGCAUCCUGGAACUGAGGAACAAAGAUUUUCGACACAGUAACAACCCGACCCAUAAGUACUUCCUGGCCGUGGACCCAGUGUCUGGGGCACUCUUCAUCUCCGACACCAACUCGCGGCGGAUCUACCGGGUGCGCUCGCUGACCGGUGGUCGGCUGCUGGCGGAGAAUGCGGAGGUGGUGGCGGGCACCGGGGAGCAGUGCCUGCCCUUCGACGAGCGCUGUGGAGACGGUGGCAAAGCCGUGGAGGCCACUCUCAUGAGCCCCAAAGGUAUUGCAGUAGAUAAGAAUGGACUCAUGUACUUCGUGGACGCCACCAUGAUCCGGAAGGUCGACCAGAACGGAAUCAUCUCCACCCUGCUGGGGGCCAACGACCUGACCGCCGUGCGGCCCCUCAGCUGCGACUCCAGCAUGGACGUCAGCCAGGUGCGGCUAGAGUGGCCUACAGACUUGGCGGUGAACCCCAUGGACAACUCUCUGUACGUCCUGGAGAAUAAUGUCAUCCUGCGCAUCACCGAGAACCACCAGGUGAGCAUCAUCGCCGGGCGGCCCAUGCACUGCCAGGUGCCGGGCAUCGACUACUCGCUCAGCAAGCUGGCCAUCCACGCCGCACUGGAGAGCGCCAUGGCCAUCGCCAUCUCGCACGACGGCACGCUCUACGUGGCCGAGACGGACGAGAAGCGGCUGAACCGCGUGCGGCAGGUGUCCACGGGCGGCGAGAUCUCGCUGCUGGCCGGCGCCGCGUCCGAGUGCGACUGCAAGGACGACGUCAACUGCAACUGCUUCGCCGGCGACGAGGGCUACGCGCCCGAUGCCAGCCUCAACUCGCCGGCCUCGCUGGCCGUCUCGCCCGACGGCACGCUCUUCGUGGCCGACCUCUACAACAUCCGCAUCCGUGCCGUACGGCCCAACCGGCCCACGCCCACGCCGACUGGACGCUUCGAGGUGGCCUCGCCAAAAGAGCAGGAGCUCUACGUCUUCAACGACGAGGGCCUCCAUGUGCAGACCAUCUCCCUAGUGACCGGCGAGCCGCUGUACAACUUCACCUACGCCGCCGACGGACUCCUCGCUGCCAUCGCCGACAGCUCCAACAACACGCUGCGCGUGCGCCGCGACGGAGGUGGCGGCGGAUCGGCAGGCCUGCUGAGGCUGGUGCUCAUGCCCGAGAACCAGGUGGUGACGCUGGGACUGGACCCGGCCGGCAGCCUGCGCUCCGUGUCAGCGCUCAACCGUGAGAUCGUGCAGCUGGGCUACAGCGGCAGCACGGGCCUGCUGGCCAUCAAGGCCGACGAGACAGGAUGGACCACCUUCUAUGAGUACGACAGCGAGGGCCGCCUGACCAACGUCACCUACCCGACGGGGAUGGUCACGAGCCUGCACCGCGAGAUCGAGCGCUCCAUCAACAUCGACAUCGAGAGCUCCAACCGCGAUGACGACGUCACCGUCAUCACCAACCUUUCCUCGGUCGAGGCAUCCUACACUGUCGUACAAGACCAAGUGAGGAACACCUACCAGCUGUGUAACAAUGGCACCAUGAGGGUGAUGUAUGCCAACGGGAUGGGCAUCAGUUACCACACGGAGCCACACAUCCUGGCGGGGUCGGUUAGCCCCACCAUCGGGCGGCGGAACAUCACGCUGCCCACGGACAACGGCCUCAACUCCAUCGAGUGGCGCCUACGCAAAGAGCUGACCAAGGGCAAAGUGACCGUGUUCGGCAGGAAACUGAGGGCACAUGGCCGCAAUCUGCUCUCCAUUGACUUUGACCGUAACACACGCACGGAGAAGGUCUACGACGACCACCGCAAGUUCACGCUUCGCAUCACCUACGACGCCCAGGGCCGGCCGGCCAUCUGGCAGCCCAGCAGCAACCUGGCCGUGGUCAACGUCUCGUACUCCACCACUGGGCAGCUGGUGGGGCUGCAGCGGGGCAGCAUGAGCGAGCGCACCGAGUUCGACCCCCAGGGGCGGAUCCUCUCCCGCUCCUUUGUGGACGGGAAGGUGUGGAGCUACAGCUACCUGGACAAGUCCAUGGUGCUGCUGCUUCAGAGCCAGAGGCAGUAUAUCUUCGAGUUCGACGCGACGGGUCGGGUGACCGCAGUGACCAUGCCCAGCGUGGCCCGCCACACCAUGUUCACCCACGUCUCUAUAGGAUACAUCCGCAACACCUACAACCCGCCGGAGAGCAACGCCUCGGUCAUCCAUGACUUCAGCGAGGACGGCUGCCCCCAGGCUGUCCACUUCCUGGGCACGGGGCGGCGCGUGCUGUACAGGUACGGCAAGCUGGCCAAGCUGUCGGAGGUGCUCUACGACAGCACGGCGGUCACCUUCGGCUACGACGAGACGACCGGCGUGCUCAAGAUGGUCAACCUGCAGAGCGGCGGCUUCUCCUGCACAAUCCGCUACCGGAAGGUGGGCCCACUGGUGGACAAGCAGAUCUACCGCUUCUCCGAGGAGGGCAUGGUGAACGCGCGCUUCGAUUACACUUACCACGACAACAGCUUCCGCAUCGCCAGCAUGAAACCGGUCAUCAGCGAGACGCCGCUGCCCGUUGACCUCUACCGCUACGACGAGAUCUCCGGCAAGAUCGAGCACUUCGGCAAGUUCGGCGUCAUCUACUACGACAUCAACCAGAUCAUCACCACGGCGGUGAUGACGCUCAGCAAGCACUUCGACACGCACGGCCGCAUCAAGGAGGUGCAGUACGAGAUCUUCCGCUCGCUCAUGUACUGGAUGACGGUCCAGUACGACAGCAUGGGCCGCGUGGUCAAGCGCGAGCUGAAGAUCGGGCCGUACGCCAACACCACGCAGUACCGCUACGAGUACGAUGGCGACGGGCAGCUCAGCGGCGUCAAGGUCAACGACUGGUCCACCUGGCGCUACAGCUACGACCUGAACGGCAACCUGCACCUGCUCAACCCCGGCAACAGCGCCCGGCUCACGCCGCUCCGCUACGACCUGCGUGACCGCAUCACGCGCCUCGGCGAUGUCCAGUACCGACUGGACGAGGACGGCUUCCUCAGCCAGCGCGGCUUGGACGUCUUCGAGUACAACUCCAAGGGCCAGCUGGCGCGCGCCUACAGCCGAGGGGCCAGCAGCAGUGGCAGCGGGAGCAGCGGUGGCUGGAGCGUCCAGUACCGCUACGACGGACUGGGUCGACGCGUCUCCUCCAAGAACAGCCUGGGCCAACACCUGCAGUUCUUCUACGCCGACCUGACCCACCCGGCGCGCGUCACACACAUCUUCAACCACUCCAGCUCGGAGAUCUCCUCGCUCUACUAUGACCUGCAGGGCCACCUGUUCGCCAUGGAGGUCAGCAGCGGCGAGGAGUACUACAUCGCCUCGGACAACACCGGUACGCCGCUGGCCGUCUUCAGCAGCAACGGGCAGAUGAUCAAGCAGGUCCAGUAUACGGCCUACGGGGAGGUCUACCUCGACUCCAACCCAGAGUUCCAGUUGGUGGUCGGCUUCCACGGGGGACUCUACGACCCACUGACCAAGCUGGUGCACUUCACGCAGCGGGACUACGAUGUGCUGGCGGCCCGCUGGACCUCGCCGGACUACGGCAUCUGGCAGAAGAUUGACAAGGAGCUGGCGCCUUUCAACCUCUACAUGUUCAAGAACAACAACCCCCUCAGUGACAUGUUGGACACUAAGAACUAUGUCACGGAUGUGAAGAGCUGGUUGUUAAUGUUCGGUUUCCAACUCAGUAACAUCAUUGCUGGUUUCCCCAAACAUACUCAGUACUUUGUGGAUCCACCGUAUGAAUUACUCGCCAGCCAGGAUGCAGAGAAUGGCCAGCUGAUCACUGGAGUGCAGCAGGCAGCAGAGAGACAUAACCAGGCCUUCAUGGCUCUGGAGGGCAAGCUGCUGAACAAGGAACGCCGGGGCAGGCGUGACCGGCCGGGCCACUGGUUCGGCACCAGCACGCCCAUCAUCGGCCGGGGCAUGAUGCUGGCAGUCAAGGAGGGCCGCGUGGUGGCGGGCACCUCCAGCAUGGCGAGCGAGGACAGCCGCAAGGUGGCGCUGGUGCUCAACAACGCCAUCUACCUGGACGGCACGCACUACACGCAGGACGGCCGCGACUGCCACUUCUUCGUCAAGGUGGGCUCGGCCGACAGCGACCUGCUGGCCCUGGGCCUGACCAACGGGCGCAAGGCGCUGGAGAGCGGCAUCAACGUCACCGUCAGCGGGCGCUCGCGCCGCGGCGUCACCGUGGAGUUCCGUGUGCCCGCGCUCGCCCUCAGCGUGCGCUACGGCCUCGCCGCCGACGUGGUGGACGAGGAGCGCGCCCGCCUGCUGGAGCUGGCGCGACAGAGGGCACUGGCUGGCGCGUGGGCACGGGAGCAGCAGCGGGCGCGGGAUGGCAAGGAGGGCAGCCGGCUUUGGACAGAGGGCGAGCGGCAGCAGCUGCUAUCGUCGGCGGGCAAGGUGCAGGGCUACGACGGCUACUACGUGCUGCCCGUGGAGCAGUACCCGCAGCUGGCCGACAGUAGCACCAACAUCCAGUUCCUGAGACAGAAUGAGAUGGGGAAGAGGUAACAGCCCAACAGACUUGAAAAAAAAUUACUCCUUUACUUUUAGCUAUUUCUUGCUUUCCCUCUUCUCCUUUUGCUCUCUCAUUCUCAUACCCCGUUCUCUGUCUCCCUCUCUCUCCCUCUCUCUCUCUGUAUUUCAUUCUCACUAUCAACCUCUCCUCUCUUCCUUCUCACUCCUGUCCUUUACUAUGUACCCCUCCUCUCCCACGGAGAAUAAACAGACAAACGGGGUAACACUCUGAACGCUGCAGGGACUUUUAAGAAGAACUCUUAACGAACACUUAUAAUUACUGCCACUGGCAAAAAAAAAGUUGAAAUGGAAACUUAAAAGACUUUUUUUCAACAAAAUGGACUAGAAAAAAAAACUACUGAUGAACGUUGAAAGAAAAAAACACACAACUGUUGCUUAAAAAUGAAGAAUCCCCUUUUUAAAAAAGAAUUGAUAUUUUUUGCCCAUAUUUCUUGGGUCAUCACAAGGAUGUUGGUGGAUGUGGUGAGUUUCGACAUGACCUUGGCUCCUACAGAUCAAAGGAAUACUCCAGAACUGCUGUAAAAGCCAGUCUGUAUGUACAAAUCUGCAAAUGAACAAGAAAAUUAUCAGCAACAAUAACAAAAGAUGAAGAAGAUGGAACAUCAGACUCAGGCCUGACUUUCACAACAACAGAACUGUCAACUGCUGCGGCCCACCAAGAACAAACCUUUUGUUUUUCCUUUAGGAAUAAAAUUUUAAAAUAAAUUAAAAAAAUAAAUAGUCAAGGAAAACAGCAAAAGAGCUUUUUAGAAAGAAAUAAUAAUAAUAACAAAAAAAUGAUGGCUAUAUUUGCAGUACAUAAUGUCAGACGUUUGUUCAUUUUGAAAUAGGGAGAAAAAAGUUAACAUUGUGUCAGCUAGCACUGAAGUUCAGGGUGUACUCUGUAAGCGAUAGUUUGUUUGUCUGUCGCGGUAGAAUCGUGAGAUCUUCACCAGAGCACUUCUGUACAGAGAACUUGGAAAAAAACACAAACACACACACACACUAGCAAUUUAUCCAGAUAGAAAUUACAAUUACCAGAAGCUAUUUAUUUUAUUUUAUUGUUUUUUAAUUUAUUUAUUAUUAUUAUUAUUAGUAGUACUCUAUGACAAUCACAAGAGUCACCACCUUUAUUGCAAUUCCUGCGCAUCGGUGAAUGAGUUUAUUUUAUUUUGUAAUAUAUGUAAGAAAUGUUCAUUAAGUUUUUAUAUUAAGUUGGAUUUGCUCAUAGGCAAAUUAUAGUCACAGACAAAAAAGUAAUUUAUGUAAAGUGUUUUAAAACAAUGGUUUAUACUUUAAAUAAAGUUUAAAACUGUGAAACUUGUUUUUUCGAGAUAGAUCUGUAUGUACAGUGUAUAGCCUUACCUUUCUGCAGCACACUAGAGAAAUGUUCAUAAUAUCAAGUUUUAUAUUUCUAAUGGGAAGUGGCUUGUUAUGUGCAAACCUAUAGCUGGUAUUAUUACUCUAGAAUUUUGUGACACACCAAUCUCCCUGAGCUAUACAAUAUCGAUCCCAAGUUUGAUGUUUUUAUUUUUUGGGGUUUCGUUUGUUUUAGUUUCCUUUCGAAACGCAGAGAAAAUGUUGCUGUUCUAGAUCCCAAAACCGUAGACAUGGAUUCUAUCCACUGUGAAGAGCCUCAUUAUGGAUGUCAAGAUGUACCAAAUCAGUAUUGAAGGAUGAUUCUUACACUUACUGGAGACUCUUCUGAGACCUUAUCAAUAAAAAGUAAUUGUUUACUUCA